AACGGAUCUGCCUAGGAAGCGACGAUCACGGAAGAAGACUUAUGAUUUUACGGCUGGCUGAUCGCUCCAAUCCCCGUUUCCUCUUAUCGCAGCAGGCCUACAGCGAGCUAGCGUCGGCGUUUGUCGUAGCUGCAGCCUCUUAACUGUGUCGUCCGCAUUGACUGUGGCGUGCCACGCCAGUGGCGUGCAGAACCUGUUUCUGAGUCGACUCAACAGCAGCAUCGGUGGCUGACGUAUCCGCAGUCUGUUGACCCCAGCGUCGACCUCUGCGUUGAUCGCAGCGUUGACCUCAGCGUUGACCCCAUUGUUGACCCCAGCGCUGACCGAGAGCUUGAGUGAACUCAAGUUGACCUUCCUCUGCAGAUCCAGCGACCACCGGAGUUGAGCGAAAGCCGUGCAGGCAUGGCCGCUAGAGGCAGGUUCGGCGGGGUCAAGCGAGAGAAUGAAGGGUUCGACUUCCAAUACCGCAUGUCCGUCGACAACCGAUACAAGAGGGCCGCCGAUGGCCGUCGCAGACUGAGACUACUGACUACGUUUCAGUCGCUCUACUCCUUCCUGCGGGUUCUGAUAGCCGCCUCGCUGAUGGCCCGGCCACUCAUCACGGCACGGCUGCAAGGGAGCGCAGCUGGGGGACCAAUCGCACUGCACGUGGACGUGAAGGAAUCGCUGGCAGCCGCGCUUGGAGCAGCUGCUGCUCUCACAGGAAACCUUGCAUCAGGCACAUCCCGCUCCCGAGUGCUCAAGCUGUACGCCGCGCUCUCCCUCAUGGCCGCCCUCGCUGCUCUCUUCCCCCUCCUCACGGGGCCACUCGUCUUCCCGGACAAGUGGAAGGCAGUGAGCAGCAGUGGUAGCCAUGGCAGCAGCAGCACAGAGGGAGGGAAGCAGUGGGACCAGCUUUGGACUGCUCUGGCUGCAGCAUGCAUUGUCAUAGAUACAGCAGGAGUGCUCAUUCACAUCGUGGUUGUCUAUGUAUCUGUUUCCAUGGCUGCUGCCGUUUCAACCCCGAAAAGGGCCUUGUGAUUGGUUGUGGUUUCGUCAGUUGUUGACCCACCCAUCCAAUGGCUUGCAUGUCAAACAUGUGUAGUUAUCAUGUUUGUAUAGACUGUAUAGGGUCACCUUCUAGAGAGUACAACAUUUAGGUAUAUGUUUGUGUACUCUCUCUCUCUUAUUAUUAAUUCUAGGUUUGAUAUGUUAUCAUGUUUGUAUAGACUGUAUAGGGUCACCUUCUAGAGAGUACAACAUUUAGGUAUAUGUUUGUGUACUCUCUCUCUCUUAUUAUUAAUU